GCUUUGAUUCGCCGUGGCUUAACUCAAGUUUUAACACGCGAUGGCUACAAAAUGAUGGUGGGAAUUGCGCGUUGAUAUUAAUUCUGUAUUUUAUUCUGAAAAUUGUGUUUGAAAUAUCAAUAUAGGAUUCUCAAUACUCAGAAAGGAAGAGGUUCUGUCGUCAUGAUCAAUCUGAAUUUCCUAUUGUGGGUAAUCCUGAGCACAGUAGGAUCAUGCACUGCAGUGACUGUCAUUUUAGACGGGAAGGAGGUAGACUGCAAUGGUUCACGAUGUGCUUGUUGUAAAGGAGGAGUGGCACGAUGUGGACCUCUGGCUAAGGUAAAUGAUGGUGAUGAUUAUUGUUUGGAUGGCUGCGUUGAUACAAUAUGGGGCCACAGGUGUAAAAACAGUUGUCAUGGAAACUGUUAUAGAUGUAAACAUAAUGUAGGUAUACCAUGUUACGAAUGUAAAAAUACAUUUUAUGAUGUGAGGAGUAACUGUAGUAAGAGCUGUUCAGUCGGGUGUAAUAGCUGUUCUGAUGACGGAACUUGUAGUCAAUGCACUGAAAAUAUUGAGGGCGUAAAAUGCGAGACAUGUAUUCAAGGAAAAUAUGGAACUAAUUGUACAAAUGAUUGCCUCCACCGGAAUUGCCGAUGUACGACUGAUACUUAUUGUGAUUCAUGUAAAGAUGGAUUCUAUGGAAGAACAACAUACUGUCAAUCACCUUGUUCCGCAGGAUGUCAGAAUGGUGAAUGCAAUGACGAUGGAACUUGUACAUGUCGUCAGAACUUUCUUUGUUCCCUUUGCAUGGAUUGUAUUACUGGUUAUUAUGGAGGAGACUGCAACACGAGAUGCUCAGGUUUAUGCAGUGACGGUAUGUGUAUGAAAAAUGGAAUAUGUAAUCAAUGCAAGCCUCGUUAUUUUGGAGAACAAUGCAAAAACAUGUGUUCUUCUGGAUGCAGCGAUGGAAUUUGUAGCAGAAAUGGGACAUGUGCCUGUAGGCUAAAAUUUACAGGCUCACUUUGUGAUGCUUGCGAAAAAGGAAAAUACGGUGCAAAUUGUGAACAUGAAUGCUCUGUAGGCUGCACCACAUCUUCAUGUGGAAAAGAUAAUGGGUUCUGCAAUUGUCUUCCUAAUUUUAAUGGCAAAAGUUGUUUGUUAUGUACAGACGGAUUCUAUGGGGCAUCUUGCCAACUCCGUUGCUUUGAUAAAUGCAUCAACAAUGCAUGUUCAAUAUCAGAUGGCAAAUGUACUUUCGGAUGUAGGGAUGGGUUCACAAGCGACAACUGUACAGCGCAUUGUCAUACAAACUGCAAAACAUGUGCACAAAAUGAUCCGUUAAUAUGUACUUCGUGUUUCAAUGAUUUUAGUGGGACAAACUGCAUAUGUCCUCCGAACUGCAAUUGUGCAUCGGGAAGUGACAUUUGUUUGUCGUGUAUAAACAACUACAUGCAUCAUGAUAAACAAUGUAAAUGUCACGCACAGAACUAUUGCAUUGACAAGGGAUGUAAUGAAUGCAUCGAUGCGAAAUUUUAUUCUUAUAAGAAUAGUUGCUGCGAAUGUCCAAAUUCUUGUAAAGACGGACUUUGUUCGUCAGGACACAGGUGUCAAAAUGGCUGUGAAGAUUUAUUCUACGGAUCGUUUUGUUCAUUGAAAUGUACGGAUAUCGACAACAAAUGUUUCAAAUGUGCGCAAGUAGAUGGGUCCUGCUUACGUUGCACAGACGGAUAUUUUCCAAAUGUAAAUGGAACGUGUAUGAAAUGCCUAUCAUCAUGUAAGGCAAAUGCGUGUGAUCCAAACAAUGGUAGUUGUAGUAAAGGCUGUAAAGAUGGUUUAUGGGGUAUACAUUGUACAGAAACGUGUAACCUUCUCUGCAAGACUUGUGAUAGAAUAAAUGGUGGUUGUAUUGAUUGUGUACUCCCAGUCUUAUAUGGACAGAAUUGUGAUUUGUCCUGCAGUUCUUCUUGUAUAAGCUCGAAAUGUAACGAGAAUGGAGAAUGCUUGAACGGUUGCUCUGAUGGUUACACAGGAGUAAAAUGUGACACAGUUAAAAAGACUGGUGAUGACGUUGGACUUAACGUGGGCAUGGUUGUUGUCGGAGUUGUCGCAGGAAUAUCAGCUACUUUGCUGAUUCUGGUUAUAAUAAGGAGACAAAGUGCGACAAAUGUUAUCGGUGGAACACGUUCAGCGAUUGAACAUGGGCGUUCGAAAACAGAAUCCAAAAGUACGUAUGAGAUUUUUGACGAUGAAAAUGGUGAACGUUCACAUAACCAUGAAUACGAAAUGCCACAAACGUCGACUGAAGGAAAUGGGAGGCAUUCUCGUCACUAUGUUAACACGGAAGAUUACGAGACUGUUAUUAAUUAAAUGUGUAACACAGUAUUCCUAACCAUAAGCGUGCACGAUAAAAUAUAAACAGGAUGAUGUGGAAUAUAUGUAGCUGGUACUAUGUUUAGCUCUGUUCGAUUAACCCUGACCCAGUUCAGACUCCUUAUUUGUAUUCGUGAUGGUUCGAAGUAAUGUUACAGAUGAUGUAUUUACAUAAUUGAUCAGCAAAAUACAAUGAGUACGCCGGAAUUCAACGAUAUUAGUGUAUAUAUAUGAGCUGUGUAUAGAGAAUAAUAUUUUAUCUUAGCACCAGGUCUAAGCAUAGAAAUGUAAAACACGGACGGCUGUCAGAGUGGCCAUUUGUUAAACACACAGUCCAAAGAAAACGCAAGAUAAUUUUUUUCAAUGCAAAAGUCGUUUAUACAUGUCAACAUGUACUAUAUAUAAUAAGAAUAAAUAAUCCUAACCUAAUAUGUAUGCGUGAUAAUUUUUCAAAUGCAUAUGACGAGGCUGUUCCAUGCCAUCGUAAUUAAAGCAUCUACACAUGUACUUUAAGUAUGUAGUGAACUAAAUAGUCAUAGCUCAGAGAGAACGCAUGAAUAUCUAUACUGGAAAUAAAAAUGUACCUUUGACAAAUAAAGUCAAAGCGCAGUCAAUGCCGCUUAAAGAGACCUGCCUUCGUUCUAUUACAGGUGUUUAAUUAGGUGAUUAAUUUCCCCAAACGCUUCGAUAAACCUGUUUCUAAACUGAUGUUUUGACAAUACUCCAUCAAGCUGUUUGUGAAAAGGUUUAUCGAAAUGUUUUCAGAAACUAAACUCUUGAUUAUACUCUGGUAAAAUACCGAAGGCGGGGCUCAGAAGAUUGCGCUUUGUUUCAUUUAAAAUUUUGAAGAAAAAGUAUAGUUAUAUGUGUUUUAAAACUACAUUCAAAGCAAAAUAUUGCCUUCCGAUGAAGCAUUUAUGACAAAUUUAUCACAUGGUUAGAUACACUGAACUAAAUUAUAAUAAAUAGGAGAAGCCUCGUUAUCUGUAAUAUUAUUAAAUUUUCUUAUUGGUUUAGGUAAACAAUUUAAUGAAAAAUGCACAUGUUUAAAUACAAAGACAAUGAAAAUUGGGUUUUCAAUUACUAAAUAUUGCAUUCCUAUACACUUACACCGCAUAUUUUUCAUGUGUGCAUCAUAAUGUGUGUAGUUCAAUCAUCUUUUUCUUAAUGAUAUAAAGAAAAGUCCGUAUUAAAUAGUGUGUGAAAACUCAUACAAAACAAUUGCUUAUAUUAAUCCUAUAUUGAACAUUGUGUCCGGGGUCCCGGCAGUACCUGGUUUGGGUAAUAACAAUUAGUGUACAGGUGCGCGUCAUCUUUACGCUAGAUAUAAAUAGCGUUCGGAUCUUGGCUAUGAAAAAAGUUGAGUAUGGACGCGUGGAGUCGCCAAAACAAAAAUGGUCAAAGCCUACGAAGCGGCUAUUUAUACGGACUAAUUGUGAACUGAAUUAAAAAUAAUAUAAUAUGAAGUUAAAUGAUAGAGAUGAAACAGAUGCUCGUUUUUGCAUAUAACUUGACUUAACAUUACACUGUAUCGCUAGCAUUUAUCCAGAUUCAUCUAUUCUAAGCAUAGCCUAAAUAUGACUUUGGCCUUAAAAUGUUUUUUUUUCUUAUUAGCAUUUGUACAAACUAAGAAUUCUGGGUGCAUGAUAUAAUUUUAUCAUUGUAAUUAUUACAUAUUUGAUAUUUAUUGCAUAUGCAGUUCAACAUUAGAAAAGUUACUUACAGCUUUUAAAUUUAAUAUGCAUGUACAAAUAUAGUGCUUUAUAAGAUCAGUUGCAAUAGUGACAUUUGACCCAAUUCUUAUUUGUCAAUGAUAGGAAGUCAGUUUCAUACUUUAAAGGCCCAUUAUGAUAAUUGAGAUAAACAAAAGUGCGCAUACAACUAGGAUAUAUUAUCAGAUAAUGCCUGAUGAAAUCCCGAUGUCCACUAGAUGCUUUAGAAAUGUGUGGAAAUGUCCAACUGUAUCACUGACUCGAAUGCUCAUUCUCUAUUCAUAUGGGUGCUAAAUUUAAAACAUACGUUCGUGUGUGUUGAAUGUAAAUUGUAAUUGCAAAAAGAAACCAUCGUCUGUGUUCAAGAAACAUUAAGAGGAUUAAGAGAAGUAAAUUGCAUAUAAGUCUUUAAGUAAGUCACGCAAUAUGCAAAUUUGAUUGUGACAGUUUGCAUGCUUAAUUAAGAAUAACCUUUCGGUUGUGUUGCAUGUGUGUUUUCGGCAAUGUAUGCAUUUUUGUCAUACUGGGGGUUUAGCAAUGUAAAAACGGUUUUAAAAGGAAAUUUAUCUGAAUGUACAUACACUUAGAUAAGUAUACACUUCUUAAAAAUACAGGGCCCUUUAAAGCCUUGGAACGUUUAACAUGAACCUAUUUAUACAGUUUUGUUUUCCCAUCAGAUGUUACGGAAUAAACGUCUUUGUUAUAAGUAAAGACAAAUUGGUCACUCUAGAUGAUCUUAUUUUUUGAAAAAUAUACGUAUACAUGCACAUUUUACUGCACAGUGUCUAAAAGAGAAAUAUGUUUGUAGAUAACUGAAUUUAUGAAGGCUGUUUGAAAUAAUAAUGAAUUGAAAUUUAGUUUGUUUGAAAUUUUAAUCUGUUAACAAAUGUAUUUAUCUUUUUCUUCAUAUUUUACAUUCUGAUACAGUUUUUUAACUGUGUUUUGUUAUCUUAUUUUUAUAACAAAAAAGCUGCACUCUCACAGAUUUACUGUUUUGACAAAAACAAAUUGUC